CACAAUCAGCAGCCUCUUCCAGGAGAAGUUGCUGCGCGAUGGGAGGGGAGCGCUCAGUGCUGCAGCUGGACGGCGGAGCGGCUCGUCCUGUGCCGGGCUGGUGACGGACAGCGGCGGAGGACAGAGAAUGAACGCAUUCAGUAAGUGCUGUGAUGGACGAGGAAGGUUUACCGUCAGCGCGGGGCAGAAUGACAGCGCGCCGUUUCCCCUCCCGGCUCCGCGAUGGUGUCAGCUCUGCACGCUUCCCCUUCUGCUGUCCGGACCGGGGACACCGGCGGAGCAGUGACACGGCGGCGUCGGAAUUUACACAAUCAUCAGUGUGAGAAGAAACGCGCGAGGGAGUAGUAGUAGCUGUCAUGGAGAGACAGAGCAGAGUGAAGGAGGACAUGCCGACAUCGAAGAAGGAGGAGAAGCGCAAAGAGAAAAAGCCCAAAUCGGGGAAGCUUUUCAGGAAGAAAUCUCUGAGGUCAGUGGGGAGUUUUAUGAACAGAAUCAUCAAAACUUUGGGCACUUUCACCCACUUUGGAGACGCUGACGCGCGGGACGCGGAGGACGACGACGGUGGGUUCCGGAAUGGCGCACCUUGCAUCCUCAGCGCGAGCUCGGGGAUCAUGAAAGAGGACGUGCAGGUGGCGUGGGAUCGCGUGCAUGCGAAGAACACAUCGAGCACGUCCUCUUCUCUGUGCACGGGCAGAGAAAAGCUCCUGUACCAGUACGGGGACAAGAUCCCGGGUGUGCUGGGGCUGAAGAACCACGGGAACACCUGCUUCAUGAACGCCGUGGUGCAGUGCCUGAGCAACACGGACCCCCUCGCGGAGUAUCUGGGGCUGGAGCGGUACAAGCAGGACCUGAGUCAAACCGGGCUAAACGGGGUGGUGAGGAGUGACGAGGUGGUGAGGUUUGCAAAGGGAGAAGUCACGGAGCAGCUGGCGUCUCUUGUGAGGGCUCUGUGGACUCUGGAGUACACCCCACAGCUGUCCGUGGACUUUAAGACUAUAGUGUCAAAGUAUGGAUCUCAGUUUCGAGGUAACUCCCAGCACGACGCUCUGGAGUUCCUGCUGUGGCUGCUUGACCGCGUCCAUGAAGACGUUGACAUGGCCGCCCACAACAACAACAACAAGAUCAAAGCUCUGGGAGAG